AAAGGCAGGGCGGGGCCAGGAGCCAGCCGCUGGAGCCUAGAGCCUCUACCGCCUCUCCUGGCGCUCGUCCCGCCGCUUCCGCCCACCUUGGAAGUAAGCCGACCUGUGAGGGAAUGCGUCUGCCUCUUCUGCGGCAAGCGUGCUCUCCCAACCAUGCUGAGGACCUGCGCCAAGCGCCUGCGCACGCUCGGGUCCCCGCUCUGCCAGCCGGGAGCGCAGCGGAGAUCAUUUUCUUCUGAGAAAUUCAUUCAUAAGGACUAUGCUCUCCCUAACCCCAGCUGGAGCAAGGACCUAAGACUCCUCUUUGACCAGUUCAUGAAGAAGUGUGAAGAUGGCUCCUGGAAACGUUUGCCAUCAUACAGACAAAAUUUUCCUGAAAAGAUUCAAGAAUUCCAAACCCUUUAUCUUGACUCAAGUCUCCCAAAAGGAGAACAACAUGCUCAACAAUUCCCAAGAAGUUUGGAUGUUGGCCUGGGCUUUGAAUAUGUGAUGUUCUGUAAUGAUGUUGAGAGAAGGGUACUUUGCUUUCUUCAAGUAGGUCCUCACCUGCAGGGAACACCUGGAUUCGUUCACGGAGGUGCCAUUGCGACCAUGAUUGACUCCACUACUGGUAUGUGUGCUUUUAGAGCUGGAGGGAUUGUCAUGACUGCCAAUCUCAACAUCAAUUUUAAAAGUCCUAUUCCCCUUUGUUCUGUUGUUGUGAUAGACAGCCAACUUGAUAAAGUUGAAGGAAGGAAAGUGUUUGUUUCCUGUAAUGUUCGAAGUGUUGAUAAGAAGACCUUACACUCAGAGGCAACAGGCUUAUUUAUAAAGCUGGAUCCUGAUAAAAGUUUAAAGAAAAAGAGGUCAUUAUGAAUUCUACACCCUUCUGCAUGAGGCCCUCCUCCAGAAGUAGUUGUCCCCACUCCUGCUCUGUCACCACUGCUGAAUCCCCCACAGAGGAAGCCUGCUGACACUGACCUUUUGGAACAACCUUCUAAGUAUGACUCCCAGAACUUUCCACUAUCUCAACUUUUUAACAAGAAACACUUCCUGUGAGAAUAUCAGCAAUUCUUUGCAUUCCUGAGGAUAAAUGUGGUUCUCCUAAAAUUUGAACAGGCUUCUUAAAGUUGCACAAGUUUGACGUCUGCCCUGCUGAAGACUAAGGGGAACAAAUUGUAUUGAAACUGUUGCUAUAAACUUGAAAAUAUUACAAAGCCAAAUGAAGGAGUAAAUAUGUGGGUUUGUGUGGGGUGUGCACAUGUGGAACUUGCAAAGCUAACUUUGUUGUAUCUGAACAAACAAAUCUUUUUGGCCAGAGUAGAAACACAACUAGUUCCUAUAGGAAUGGAUACCUCAAAUCUGUUGUCUGGGGUUCUAGGGAUUAAAUCACUGUACCAUUUUUUAACAUAGGCUAUGCUAUUGUGUCUUUCCAGAAGCGCACUUUGUCAUCCUUGGAAGAAGCCUGUAUUAGUUCCCUAGAACAACAACAAAAUACCACAAACGUAUGACUUAAAUGACCAAAAACUCAUGUUUCGCAGAUCUGGAGGCUUGAAGUCCAAAGUUAAGGUAUUGAGAAGAUAAGUUGCUCCUUCUGAAGGUGCUAGGGAAGCAACUCUUUCCUGCCUCUCUCCUAACUUCUGGUAGCCUCAGGCAUUCCUCAGUUUAUAGACCAACCACAGUUCCCCCUGUGUCUUCACAUCAUAUUCUUUUGUAUAUAUCUGUCUGUGUCCAAAUUUCCCCUUUUUUAUAGGGAUUCCAGUCAUAUUGGUAAAGCCCACCUGAAUGACCCAUUUUAACUUCAUUACCUUGGUGAAGAUCCUAUUUCCAAAUAAGGUUACAUUAUGAAGUUCUGAAAAUUAGGACUUAGACAUUCCUUUUGUAACAAAGGAGGAGAGAGGAUUCAACCCCUAAAAGAGCCUCAGAUAAGACUAAAAAUAAAUUGGGAGGUUAAUAUUCUGGAAAACACAUUCUGCUUCCUAAAGCAGGCAGUAGAUUCUUUGGACUCGUUUCUUGCCUUUGUUUCCCCAUAUUGAAAGUUUAGGCUCUACCAUAUGAAAUUACCAUUUUUAAAGGUGGUAAGAUGGUUGAAUAUUGACAGUUUCCUGUGGCUGAAUAUAGUAAUCUAGGAAUAGCCUGGUGGUACCCUACCAAUCAGAAGAUCAUCUGGAGUCCUGGGAUGGCCAAGCCAAAGGAAGUCCAACAUCCUGGAAGCUGUCUCUAGUGCCCACCUGAAGUCCCCCAGCUGCUGCAAAAGCUCAGCAGAUAUGAGUGCGGCACCACAGAGGUGAAACCAGGAGCUCCUUCUCCCUGGAAAUUCCCAGAGAGCUUGGUGUACUUAGAAGUGAUUAAAAUGGUUUAAAGCUUUGAA